AUUUCCUCUCACGCCUCCGUGUCCCCGUGCCUGCCGGCCUGCCCUUCCAAGCUUUCCUCCUUCAUAACCCAAUUGCACCUCGCCCUACACAUCGUCCCCAUCAUUCCCUCAUCCUCCCCAAUCGCCCCGCUAGUGUCGUCCGCACCCACGCCCUCUCUGGGGCGCUGCCAUCGCAUCACCACUACGGCGAGCUUCUCCACGCAGGGCAGAAGGGCAGACCCGCGACCCACGACCCGCGCCCAGAGUUGCCGCCGCUCCCGCCGCCCUGCCCUCCCUCCAACAAACAGCCUCUUCCAAGUCCGGUGCAAAAGGCCUCUUGCGCCCACCCCAUGGCCUGAACACCACGCCCUCCGACUUUUCCUUUUCGCCGUGUUGCUGCUGUCUUGCGACGCGCCCGCGCCGCCCCCAGGUCCAGCUCGACAAAAUGUCAGGGGAACGACAAGCUUACCACAGACCCCAAUCGCCGCAAUACUCUCCCUCCGCGAAUCGACCACCACAUCACUCGCCGCUUCACUUGCAUCACUCAACCCACCCCUCCUACAACUCCCAUCACCACCAUCUCCCACCCGCAUCGCCGCCCACCGAGCUGCCGCCCAUCACCGCCGCCGUCUACCAGCCGCGCCCGAACCCGAAAUACUACGACCCUACAUCUGACCACGCCGACCGCCGUCCAAGCCAAGGCACCACGCGCUAUGAUGGUCAUUAUCCCCCUGUGACGCGCGACACCCACACCUACCCGGAAGCUCGUCCACCCGACGGCCUCUACGACAACGCAUUCCAUUCGCCUGGAGCUGCCUCCUUCACACAUCACUCACCCCUCCAGCGACCCCCUUCGCAGCGCCGCACCUCGGCCGGCAUGGAGACCAUGUCACAUUCGCCCGUCUCCCCCUCAGCAUACCCUCCGCUGAGUCGGGGGGCCCCCCAACACUAUCCGGCGAGGUCGUCGGUAAAGGACGAGGCUCCGCCACCAACCAGAGCCGACCCCAUGUCCCUCUCCAGCAUCAUGUCAUCAGGCAAUGACGCCCCUCCUCUGGCCAAGCACCAACCUCUCUCUUCCAUCAACUCCGAGCCUCCGAAAGUGAAACUCCCGUCUGUUACGCCCCACUACAACAAGCAAGAGCCAUUGACCUCACCCGCUCCGUUAGAGCACAUGCCGCCGGACCCGACCAUGAUGAAUAGGAGAUAUGACAGCAUUCCACCUGUUGCCCUGCCACCGCCACAGCGGACUGAGCCUCGCGAGAUUCCAGUCCCAGAUGAAGCUCAGGUGGAAGCCGAGCUGGCACACAUUGAGACCCAUGAGAUGGGUGACGUAGAUGGACCGGGCUUCGAGAUCGACAGGGAGGAAUUUCUGCAACGUGGUCGCAAACGCGCUCUUGAGGUCGAGCAGGUAGAAUCCCAGAAGCGCAAGCGUCGCCGGACCGUCACGCUUAACCGCUUCAUCGAUGUCUUUUCCGCCCAUCGCGAGUAUCUCAAGAAGAACUACGAGGAGGAGCAUGGACAGGAGGCAUGGCAAGUGGUGCAAAACCAGGAGAUUGCCGAGGAGAAGGAGCGCAAAAAGGACAUGCAACGCAAGCGUCGGCGCGAAAAGACGAUUCAGAACGAAGAGGCCAAGCGUGCCGAAGCCCUCGCAAGGGCCGGCCAGGCCGAGAACGAGGAGGAGAAGGAGCGACAUCUGCGUGAGGCGCAGAGGGCCGAGAAGAAGGCGAAGACGACCAGCCAACUUCUGCAAGGGAAUGCGCCCAGUAAGGAUAUUCGAGAGGUCACGCCCCACGCGCCCAAUCUCGAGGGUGGUACGAUGAGUUCUUUCCAGGCGUCCGACGACCUUCUUGGAGUGGCUGGCAAGCGUAGAGGCCGUGGCGCCGGCGGCAGACUCAAGAAGAGCAAAGAGCAGAAGCAGGCGGAGAAGGACGCCGCGGCUGCUGGCCAAGCUGCUCUCGACCGAGGAGAUGAACUUCCGCCCAUUGCACCCCGGGAAGAAGCUCGCUUGGAAGCGCUCAAGAGUCGUAGCCAGACCGAGGACCUCGCCCCGACUGUGCUCACCUCGUAUAACUCACAGGCUUAUAUCAACCUCUUCAAUCAGAUCUGGAAGGACAUUGCUAGGAAGGAUGUUCCCAAAGUGGUCCGUAUCAAGGAGAACUCGUUGUCCACCAAGCAGUCCAAUCUGCGUAAGACGGCACAGCUUGCUUCAAAGGAGGCCCGACGAUGGCAGAUGCGGACGAACAAGAGCAUGAAGGAUAUCCAGGCUAGAGCGAAGAGGAGCAUGCGCGAGAUGCUCAACUUCUGGAAGAAGAAUGAGCGCGAUGAGCGCGACCAGCGCAAGAUGGCCGAACGUCAAGAGCUGGAGAAUGCCAGGAGGGCGGAAGCGGAACGAGAAGCGAACCGACAAAAGCGGAAACUCAACUUCCUCAUCUCGCAGACCGAACUGUACUCGCACUUUAUCGGCAAGAAGGCCAGAACACAUGAGAUUGAGCGGUCUACCGACGACAAGGACGCGGCAGUCGAAGCGCAAACCGAAGGACCGUCUCAGCCCCUCGUCAACCCGGAACAGGUUCAUUCUGGGGGUGCGAAGUUGAAUAUCGAGGACAUUGACUUCGACAACGCUGACCAGAGCGUCAUUGACGCCAUCGCCGCGAACAAUGCCAGGAAUGCCGUACAACUUGCCCAAGAUCGCGCACGCGAGUUCGAUAAUAUCGACAACAAGAUGGACGAGGAGGGCGAGAUGAACUUCCAGAACCCGACCAGUCUGCCGGAGCAUCUCGAAGUGCCGCAACCGAAGUUGCUCAACUGCACCCUCAAAGAAUACCAAAUGAAGGGUCUGAACUGGCUGGUCAACCUGUACGAGCAAGGCAUCAAUGGUAUUUUGGCAGACGAAAUGGGUUUGGGCAAGACAGUGCAGUCCAUCUCCGUCAUGGCCUACCUCGCUGAGAAAUACAACGUAUGGGGUCCCUUCCUGGUCAUCGCACCUGCCAGCACGCUCCACAAUUGGCAGCAGGAAAUCACCAAAUUCGUUCCGGAUCUCAAGGUGCUGCCGUACUGGGGCAGUGGCAAGGACCGAAAGGUUCUGCGAAAAUUCUGGGAUCGGAAGCAUCCAACCUACACCCGAGAGUCGUCGUUCCAUGUUCUGGUCACGUCGUAUCAGCUCGUGGUCAAGGACGCCCAAUAUUUCCAGAAGAUCAGGUGGCAGUACAUGAUCCUUGACGAAGCGCAAGCCAUCAAGUCCUCUGAGAGUUCGCGAUGGAAGAGUCUGUUGGGCUUCCACUGCCGCAACCGUCUCCUACUCACUGGUACACCCAUCCAGAACAAUAUGCAGGAAUUAUGGGCGCUCUUGCACUUCAUCAUGCCAAGCUUGUUCGACUCUCAUGACGAGUUCAGCGACUGGUUCUCCAAGGACAUCGAAAGCCACGCCCAGAGCAAUACGAAGCUCAAUGAGGAUCAGCUCAAACGUCUGCACAUGAUUCUUAAGCCGUUCAUGUUGCGCCGUGUCAAGAAGCAUGUGCAGAAGGAGUUGGGCGACAAGAUCGAACUCGACGUCUUCUGUGACCUCACCUAUCGCCAACGAGCAUACUAUACGAGCCUGCGGAACAAGAUCAGCUUCAUGGACCUUAUCGAGAAGGCGGUCGGCGACGAGCAAGACAGUGCCACGCUUAUGAACCUGGUCAUGCAGUUCCGAAAGGUUUGCAAUCAUCCAGAUCUGUUUGAGCGGGCAGACACCUGGUCCCCAUUUUCCUUUGCGCAUUUUGCGGAGACUGCCUCCUUCCUGCGCGAAGGGCAAAACGUUCAAGUCGCCUAUUCGACGCGCAACUUCAUCGAGUACCGCUUGCCACGUCUCAUCUGCCGUAACGGUGGCCGCUUGGACAUUCCUGGAUCCGAGAAUCCGAAGGCCGGCUUCAGAGGGCGCUAUCUAUACCAUCUCAUGAACGUUUGGGGAGCAGAUCAUAUUCAAGAAUCAUCAAGGAACAAUGGCGCCUUCUCAUGGCUUCGAUUUGUCGACCAUUCGGCCACAGAGGUGUCGCGAAUUGCCAGGAAAGAUGUGUUCCAACGUGCUGUGGACUUGGGCGACAGGCAGGAUCGUCUUGGGAGAUUCAGCGUCCUCUAUGACGAGGAGAACGGCCCUUAUACUCCGAAGCAGUCCUUGUUCAACAUCGCGGAACGCCACGAUCGUAAGCCCCUGGCCGAGAUCACCACUGAAGGAUAUAUGCGCAACCUCCUGAAUGUUUCACAGUCCGCAUUCGAAGAUACAGGGCUUGAUCUGAUUGAAAGGUGUGCCAAACCAGCUGCUUCCGCACCGCCUAUCGAGCUGUACUGCUCCAGCCAGGGCGUCAUUGCUGAAAAACAGCGGGUUUUCUUCAAUGUCCCGAUGCGGGCUGCCUUGUUUGGCACGUCUGAAAAGACGGAACAAGCAAUGUUGGACGCCAAGCUUGACCUUGCAGCACUGCCCAAUCGGAGCCGGCUGCCACCCCCUACGAACAAGAGGGCCAGGUACACCUACGUCGAAGUUCCUUCGAUGCACCGCUUUGUUAGCGACUCUGGCAAGCUUGCUCGACUGGACUCGUUGCUCAAGGAGCUCAAGGCGAACGGUCACCGUGUAUUGUUGUACUUCCAGAUGACCAAGAUGAUCGACCUGAUGGAGGAGUACCUCACCUACCGCAACUACAAGUACUGCCGGCUGGACGGCUCAACCAAGCUCGAGGACCGCCGCGAUACCGUCGCCGACUUCCAGAACGACCCAAGCAUCUUCGUCUUCCUUCUAUCCACCCGAGCUGGUGGUCUCGGCAUCAACCUCACGUCCGCCGACACCGUCAUCUUCUACGACUCGGACUGGAACCCGACCAUCGACUCCCAAGCCAUGGAUCGCGCCCAUCGUCUCGGCCAAACCAAGCAAGUCACCGUCUACCGCCUCAUUACACGCGGCACCAUUGAGGAGCGGAUCCGCAAGCGCGCGCUGCAAAAGGAAGAAGUGCAGCGCGUGGUCAUCUCGGGUGGGGCGGGCGCCCAAGUCGACUUCAACACGCGGUCUCGCGAGAAUCGCACCAAGGAUAUCGCCAUGUGGCUUGCGGACGACGACCAGGCGGCGGAGAUUGAGAAGAAGGAAGCAGAGCUUGCGGAGGCGGAGAAGAAUGCGCCGCCGGGGAGGAAGAGGAAGAGGAAGAGGGUAGAGGCGAGCUUGGAUGAGAUGUACCAUGAGGGCGAAGGACACUUUGAUACGAGUAAUAAGCCCAGCGGAGCGGCGACGCCCGUGUCUGCUAUGGAAGGUGGUGGGCCCGGAUCCGGGAAGAGGCGCAAGGGCGGCAUGUCGAAGAAGGCGAAGACGGCGAGGCAGCGGCUCGCUGUUGCGGAUGGGCAGAUUUAGACGAUGGGGAAGGGAAGAAGAGAAGAAGAGGAGUUGAAAGGAAGAGAGCAGGGGGACCGUGGAACCCUAUGUAACAACACUAUCUCACCUUGUUAGUGUGAGUGCAUGCACUUGCAUCUGCAGGCUGCUCUUUCUUUUGUUCUGUUUGGCCGGCGUAGAAAGGGGUGGUUGGUGAGCAGGACCCGAUGGGAAAGGAAGGGAAGGGGAAUUGCAUGGGAGGACUUAUUCCGCCUCCGUCCUCGAUUAUUGACAUGUGCGGAUCGGGUUGUUUGGCGGCGUGGGGUGUAUUGGAUAAAAUGGGAUACAGUGCAGUAGUGCAGCAGUGCGCGUGUGUGUAAUACUAGACUAUCAUUCACACUUUUCUGGGA